AUGUUGCCCCCACUGACAUUGCCUCCAAACAUGGUGUUCACACCGCCGGAAAUAUUGAUGAUCUGUGAUUGUUUCGAAUUUAAAAGUGUUGUCGGAUUUCCUUCGAAGACGAACACGCUGGAACCAAACUUGAGGAUUCACCAGAUCUUCAAGUGUCUGAAUGGCAACAUGAACACUAGUUUGAAUAUCACCUUAUGGUCCACAGAUGAAGAGACUGACAAACCACCGAACUACACCCCGCCUCCGAACUACACCCCGCCACCGAACUACACCCCGCCAUCGAACUACACCCCGCCACCGAGCUACACCCCGCCACCGAGCUACACCCCGCCACCGAACUGCACCCCGCCACCGAACUGCACCCCGCCUCCGAAAUGCACCCCGCCACCGAGCUACACCCCGCCACUGAACUACACCCCGCCUCCGAACUACGCCCCGCCUCCUAAAUACACCCCGCCACCGAACUACACCACGCCUCCAAACUACACCCCGCCACCGAGCUACACGCGCCACCCAGCUACACCCCGCCACCGAGCUACACGCGCCACCCAGCUACACCCCGCCACCGAGCUACACCCCGCCACCGAACUACACCCCGCCUCCGAACUACACCCUGCCAUCGAACUACACCCCGCCACCGAACUACACCCGGCCAUCGAGCUACACCCCGCCACCGAGCUACACCCCGCCUCCGAAAUACACCCCGCCACCGAGCUACACUCCGCCACCGAACUACACCCCGCCUCCGAACUACACCCCGCCACCGAGCUACACCCCGCGAGCUACACCCCGCCACCGAGUUACACUCCGCCACCGAAAUACACCCCGCCACCGAACUACACCCCGCCACCGAUCUACACCCCGCCUAUAGCGGAGAAAUAA